GCCAGUGUCUGCUAAAAUGCACAAUGAAUUUGUCCAGAUACCUCAAGUUCCAACCACAAGGAUACACGGCCAAAAUCGAUUUCUUUUCUAUGACUACAAGUCAGAAGCAUGGAAGAGUUCUCUGUUUACAUCGUAGCCUGAUCGAUGUUUACCAAAGGUCAAAGCAAAACAACGUUUGCUUGGCGUAGCUUGUUAUGUACAGGGGGAGGUCAAAUAUUCUGUGGAACGGUAUAUCUAUCACAAUAUUGGUCUAAUUUGGCGAGAGAAGCAAUCGC